GUAGCGGCGGCGGGGGGGGCGGGUCCCGUCCGCGCAGCGCUCCAAGGGCAGCGGGCGAUGGCGGCGGCAGCGGCGGCGAGGGGCGGCCUGCGCGGGGCCCUGGUGCUGCAGCAGCAGCGCUGGAGCUCGGGCUCGGGCGCUGACCAGCUGGGUGAGCUGGGCAAAGGCGCCGGGAAGGGCGGCGGCGGCGGCGGCGCCAUCCGUGAGGCCGGAGGGGCCUUCGGGAAGAAGCAGGCGGCGGAGGAGGAGCGGUACUUCAGGGAGAAGGAGAGGGAGCAGAUCUCGGCCCUCCGGAAACACCAUGAGGAGGAGAUUGAUCAUCACCAGAAAGAGAUAGAGCGGCUGCAGAGAGAAAUCGAGCGCCAUAAGCAUAAGAUCAAGGAGCUUAAGCAAGAUAACUGAGCCGACACUGAAUGUACCCGGCCAAUGCUGAUUGUGGUGUAAAGCAGCGUUGAAGACUGUAUGUAUGCUUUGGCCAACAUAAUCCAAAUUCCAAUUAUACUGUGGCCUGUAACAAUGUCAAAUAAACUGCUCAGUCUCUUUGCUGUUCAGUAA